AUGCCCCGAUCCCUCCCCAAAGCUAGCUCUGCCUCGUGCGAGCAAGAGGAGGUCGAAAACCCACAUACCGCUCGAACAGCACCACCCUCCCCGACAACCUACAGACGAGCCCAAAGCUACCUUGCCGAACCGCACACCGGCUACCAAUCACUCGAUGCCCCACUAGAAAUCACAGAAAAUACAAGCCUUUUGGGCUCUGCCCAGGGGUCGGGCAGACGAGCUCCGCGGCGGUCAUACACCAGCACCUCUGGUGCGUCGGUUUUGGGCACGGAGUCAUUGCGGCACCUUCUGGCUUCCGGGAGUCUGCGUCGAACACGGAACCACAGUCGAGCUAACUCGGUCGGCAAACGGCUGAGCCGCCGGGGGAGUAUUGACGACGAGAACAGACCGGGUAGUGCUCCGGCGUCCACCAAGGAUAACCUCACUGCCUCAUCAUUCCUGGAUGAGCGGACUUGGUAUGAUCAAUUUACUUCUACCGACUGGGUGCACGAUAGUAUCGCCGAUGGAGCUCGCCUCCGCCUUCUCCGCCAACGGAAAGACAUCCGCGGCCGACUUCUGGCUGCGUUCGAUGGUGCCCAAGGGUGGAUCUUGGUUGCUCUGAUUGGUUGUAUUACAGCUGCCAUCGCCUACUUCGUCGAUAUCACAGAAGGCGCACUUUUCGAUCUGAAGGAGGGCUUCUGCACAACCCGCCCGUUCAGGGGUCGACGGGGGUGCUGCGCGGGUUUGGCCGUUUGUGAUGGAUGGCGGUCCUGGUCGAGCAUCUUCCGGCCAUCCAAUACUGACAAUAUAUGGAUUGACUUCUUCAUGUUUGUAGUAUGGGUUGUAGCUUUGGCUCUUAUUUCUUGCGCUUUGACUAUGCUCACAAAGACCGUUGUUCCUUCUUCUAUCUCUCUCGCUACACUUGAUGAGAAUCUGGGAGCCGACUCCCAUGGCACGAAAUCUGCGAAUGGACUCGCAGCUUUGGCCUCGCCCCUAUCAGAGCCAGAGACUAGUCCGCCGCCACAUGGGAGCUUUCCGAAUUACCCUCCGCGCCCGGCUAUGAUUUAUUACUCUGCUGCUGGCAGUGGAGUUGCUGAAGUCAAGGUUAUCAAUAGUGGCUUUGUCCUUCAUGGAUAUAUGGGACUGAAGACAUUGGUUGUCAAGACCAUUGGUCUCAUAUUCAGUGUCUCCUCCGGGUUGAGUCUUGGUAAGGAAGGUCCAUACGUUCAUAUUGCCACAUGUGUUGGCAAUAUUUGCUGUCGUCUAUUUGCCAAAUAUAACCAGAAUGAUGGGAAGCGACGUGAGGUGCUGAGUGCAAGUGCCGCCAGUGGCGUUGCUGUCGCUUUCGGUGCCCCCAUUGGUGGUGUUCUCUUCAGUCUCGAAGAAGUCAGUUACUAUUUCCCACCAAAGACACUCUUCCGGACCUUUUUCUGCUGCAUUGCGGCGACUCUAUCUCUGAAAUUCCUCAAUCCCUAUGGUACUGGCAAAGUCGUCCUCUUCGAAGUUCGAUACUUGUCUGAUUGGGAGAUCUUUGAGAUUUUCGUCUUUAUCUUCCUCGGUGUAAUGGGAGGUGCAGCUGGCGCCCUUUUCAUCAAAGCGUCAAGCUUGUGGGCACGAUCUUUCCGACGUAUCCCUGCGAUCAAGCGGUGGCCAAUGCUGGAAGUCUUCCUGGUUGCCCUCAUUACAGGUAUCGUCAGCUUUUGGAACCGAUAUACCAAGCUUCCUGUGACCGAACUACUAUUCGAGCUAGCAAGUCCAUGCGAGUCGGACGUGGAGAGUACCGGGCUUUGUCCCCGUGAAGAAGGCAUUCUUGAUAUAGUCCAGUACCUCAUGGUAGCCUUGAUUAUCAAAAGUGUUCUGACUAUCAUCACGUUCGGUAUCAAGGUUCCUGCAGGUAUUUACGUCCCGUCCAUGGUUGUUGGUGGCCUGAUGGGACGAAUUGUUGGGCACUUAAUUCAAUACUGGGCUCUGAUGCAUCCGACCUUCUUCUUGUUCGACUCUUGUCCAGCUGUUGGUGGGAUCGAGUCUUGUGUGACUCCAGGCGUCUACGCUCUUAUUGCUGCUGGUGCAACUAUGUGUGGUGUGACACGAUUGUCUGUCACGCUAGCUGUCAUUCUCUUUGAAUUGACGGGAAGUCUCAAUCAUGUUCUACCGUUCUCUCUGGCAGUUCUCUGUGCCAAGUGGACGGCAGAUGCUAUUGAACCUCGCAGCAUUUAUGACCUCUUGACUGAUAUGAACUCCUACCCAUUCCUCGACAGCAAGCUCCAGCCAACAACUGAUGCUGAGCUGGGAGAUAUUGUCCGUCCAGUCCGGAAGAGCCGGGUCAUCGACAUCUCCGAAUCACCAUUCCUCUCUGCCAUACAGCUUCGUUCAAAGCUGGAGCAUCUGCUCAUGGCUGGUGAACUGGACAGCGGGCUCCCAAUCCUGCGUGACGGUGUCCUCACGGGCCUGAUCCCGGCACCUGAUCUCGAAUACGCACUAGAUAGCCUUGGCGAGGAAGAAGACAAUACAAUUUGUCUGAUGGCCAUGGAUGCCUCUACCGCUGUCUACGAUAGUGAGAAUGAUGAGGCUGAGCAGGUUGACUUUACUCGAUAUAUCGAUCCGGCUCCGAUUGCUCUUGAUGUACAUUCUCCCAUUGACCUAGUUUACCAAUGCUUUGCCAAGCUUGGUCUUCGAUAUCUCUGUGUUACGCAAGGCGGCAAAUAUGCCGGCCUCGUGCACAAGAAGGCAUUCGUCAAAUUUAUGAAGGAGACCAGUGAAUAA